AUGAAAAUUGUUGAUGAUGAGGCACCAACCAUGAACAAUCGAAAUAUUAUUCACGAGACACUCAUUGAAACUAGUGAAGUGUUGCCAAAUCCAAUAAGGUUUUCACCAAGCGUGAUGACCGUACACAAUCAUACGACCUCAGUAGUUGAUCAUCCGGUAGCUUCACAAAGAAGUGAAUCAACACCGCCUCAGAGUAUUGCAAGAGAUACGGUCAACCUUGAAAGUCCUCCUCUACUAGAACAAUCAGAAGUUGACACUUCGCCCAAAAAUGUAUGCUCGCGAUUCGCUUCGUUUUGGAAAAAAUGCUGUAGUUGCAGGCGUAGUUCGAAUAUUAUGGUACUUAAUAUUGACGAAGCCUCGCCGUUAUUGACACGGGAUUCCAAUACCGUAAUUCAAGAACGUCGAAUUCCAACUCAAAACGAAUUAUCAGCAUCGUCUGACAUGCAAUCAGAUCAAGCAACUGAUAAUAGUACAGAUGAAUCAUUGGUUCAACUGAACGACAAUGACUGGACGAAAAAUUUUUCAAAGGCCAGUAUACCUAAUUAUAAAAGUUUGAUUCGUGGUGUGUUUAUAAAUUUUGAUGACUUGCUUGCCCAGAUAUGUCAAGAUCAAAUAGUUGUGAAAGAAGACAUUGACAAUUUAUUGAAGCUGUCAGUUAUUAAGUGUGAUGAAGCAUCAGUUCAAUCAUCAAAACGUGGCAAUUUCAUAUGGUUUCAAAUAUUUAUCGAAGCAUUAACAAGAAUGAAAGACGAUCGGGAUGUCGCUAAAACAGAACUACUAGAUUUAUGCCAUUUAGUCUUCAAAGAUGAUGCUUCAACUCUAAGGGACUUACAAAACUUUGAGAGAGACUACAGCGCUCAUAAUGCAGUAUAUUGGUAUACGCUAGGCAAGUGUUUCUAUCGUCUAAUCAAUAAAGCACUACGAUUUCACAUCUACGAUACUAUCAUUGCUUUUCGUCUGUUGAUCAAUGACAUUGUUAAACAAUUAAAAGAAGAACAGGGACAAAAUGACCUUUUUGCUUUUACUUCAACUAUCCGCGUCUUUCGUGGGCAAUGGAUGAGGAGGCAAGAAUUCAAAGAGUUAUCCAAUUCGAUAGACAACCUUGUAGUUGUGAACAGUUUCUUAUCAGCCACAUUAAAUGAUACUACUGCUCAACAUUUUAUUUAUGGUGCUCAAAUUAAUGAAACAGAAACACCGGUUCUAAUGAUAAUCCACAUUGAUAAUACACUAGCAACUGGAACUUAUGCAGACAUUAGUAGUCUAAGUGCAUUCCCAGACGAGAAGGAAAUUCUUUUUACGGCUGGAUGUGUCUUUCGUAUCAAAAAUGUUUAUAAAAAUCCAGGAGACCAAUUCAGCACAAUCGAACUCGCAUUAAGCAGCCAAGAUGAUAGUGAACUAAGAGAAACCUACAACUAUAUUAGAGAUGGUUUAGCGAAAGAAAUUGAUUUCAAUGGAUUAGGGGAAGUUCUUUUUAAGAUGAAUGAACUUAAAUCGUCUGAAAAAUGUCAUAAACGUGCCUUAGAAAUGCCAUCAACCAACGAUUUGCAGCGGCUUCGAUCUUUCGAUGGGUUAGCACAUUUAAAUGGGGAAUUUGGUAACCACGAAACAGCUUUGAAAAUACACAAGCAAGUGUUAAACAAGCGGAUCCACCACUUAUCACCCAACGAUAAACUAGUAGGGAAGAGUCAUGUAUAUGUUGGGAUCGAGUACUAUCAUUUAAAACAAUUGGACAAAGCUUUAUUUCACUAUGAAAAAGCACUACAAAUAUAUAAUGAAUGCUAUCCAGCUAAUCAUCCUGUUUAUUUCCAGUUCGCCAAUAAUGUGGCGGUAGUUUAUGCAGCUAAAAUUGAGUAUGGCAAAGCCAGAAUUCAUUUGGAAAAGGCCGACGAAAUUUUGAGAGCUGCGAAUGUGCCAGAAACACAUCCAGAUACAGCUACAAUCCUAAGUAACAUAGGAGUCGUAUUCAGUCACUUAAAUGAUGCUGAUAACGCACUGAGUUUUCAGCAAAGAGCAUUUGAUAUUCGCCAGAGAAGUCUACCAGCCGAACAUCUAGAUAUGGCACUAUCAAAUCAGAAUCUAGCUAUCUUGCAUGAAUCACGGAACGACUAUCAAUUAGCACUGCUAUAUUACAAGGAAGCAUUGCGUAUUAAACUCAGUUGUCUUACCCAAAAAUCCCCUGAAUACCUUAGAACGUGGGAAUACUACAAAGAUCUUUGCCAGAAGAUACAGGAUGUAAGUAUGCAUUAUUUAAACAAUUGGCGUUCUUUUCCAGAAAGAUGA